AAAGCACACAACUAUAUAUCCUUUUUCAUUUUACAAAAUUUCUACUUCAUUUGUUCUCAAAACCAAUGGAGAAGGAGGAGAGACAUUUCCUCUACCAACCACUCCUAUCUCUUCCCACACCUUCCUCCUAUGAGAUUAACCAACACACCAAUUACAACACUAUCAACAAUUCUAAUUUCUUCAUUUCAAAUAACAACAUCAUUCUUCGGAUCCUUCUUGUUCUCUUUGUAGCACUAAUCUCAAUAUGGGCAAACUAUGAAGCAUCCAAGACUUUUGAAAUAUACAUAUUAAACGACACCAAGGAUUCCCUUGCUGGACGUCGUUUCACUCUCUUUUACAUCUCAAACGACAAAGCCACACGUAUACUCCUCAAUACAAGUUCCUUUGUAGAACAAAUCCUUUACCCAAAUAGCAACAACAAUAACAAUAUUCAGAAUAAAAAAAAUAUAAAGAGUGUCACCCUUCACCUUACAGAUAAGAAUCUCAAUACUACUAUCGUUACCGUCGUCAAAAGAAACAUCAAAGACUAUAUAAUUGAUAUUAGUCCUAUGUUAUUUGAAGAUAAGAAUUUCAACAAAAUGGAAAUAGUUGGUGAGAUUCAACGUGCCAUGGCUAGAGUGUGGCUAUGGGAUGGAAGGUCUAAGGCCCCACCAAGACUUCUUGAUGGUAUGGCCGAGUAUGUUGCCGAGUUAGCCGGAUUCCGCCGUGAAAUAUUCUCCGGCGGCUUCGGUGAGUCGCCGGAAUGUGAAGUUGGCCGUGAUUUAUGGUGGGAAGAUAAGGACCCUACUCAUGUGGCACGUUUGUUGCAUUAUUGUGAAAAUUUUAAGAAGGGGUUCAUCCAACGGCUGAAUGAAGCUAUGAGAGACACGUGGCAUGAUCGUAUGGUGGAUGAUUUGUUGGGGUUGGAAGCGACGACUUGUAGAUUGCAUAAUGCUUCUUAUCCGAAGAAAACUCAUUUUUUUGGUAUUUAAUUUAUUUUAUAUUUGCAAAUGGUUCUUUUUAUACAUCCCAUUUGUUUAUCAUUGUUAUAUUUUUUAGUCAUUGUUUAAUAAUUGUUAUUGAAAGUGAUAUUUGGAAUGAAAUAUUGUGGCCAGCUGAGUUGGCAAACACGCUAUUAAUUGGGCUAUAUACAUUUUAUAUUCAAUUAUCAUGAUCA